UCCAAGCCGCUUUGUUUACUGUAACCUAAAAAAAAUAUAUAUUAUUUUAUUGGUUUUAAUAAAAUAAAUAAAUAAAUAAUGGCAAAUAAUUCUGGUGAUAAUCUUGAGCAUGUUGAUAGUUUGCAUGAAGAAUAUCAGAGUUUUAUUCAAUUUUUUUCGCAAAAAGGAAUUUUGAGUGACGCGAAUAUGAAAGAAGUUGUUGCUGAAAUUAUUGGCAAUAACAAUUUAUCGGAAGUAAUUCAAACUUUGAACAAUGCGCUGAAUCAGGUGGAGCAGAAGAUCCAACCGACGACAUGUGAACUGUCUGGAAAAAAAUAUUGGAUGUUAGUUAGCACUGUCAUUGAUGACAGUGAUGAUGAAAUGGAAGUUGAAGCUGAAGCUGAUGAUGACAGCGAUGAUGAGAGGCUGUGGUUCUCUAGAGCGAAACUUGAGUUACUGAAAUUAAUCUGCCAUGAAAUAAUAACUUCGGAUAGCAGCUGUAUUUCUACGAAUGAUUGUCUUAAUUUGGUAACUCAUAUGGAGAAUAAAUUGUCUCGUGGAGAUGCUGAUAAAUUUUUGAAACAAAUUAUUAAAGGGUCGUGGUUGUAUUCUAUGGACGGAAAUAUUUACUUAGGAGUGCGGAGUAUCACUGAACUGAUGCCUUAUUUUAAAUCCCAUUAUCCUGAUAUCAAAAGCUGUCACUUGUGCAAGCAAACUGUCUUUUACGGAAAAAAAUGCCAGAGCUGUGAUAAAAAAAUGCACGUCCACUGCUUAGCAAAUUUCAUUAAAAUAAACGGAAAAAACGAAUGUCCUCACUGUAAUAGUAUUCUGGGCGACCAACCAAUGACGCAGAAUCCAACCCAACCCGAUCAUCAUCCUCAAAAUGAAACAGCCAACGGAAAUUAUGAACCCACACCAGGACCGUCAACUCGCCGCCAUCGUCGUCGUCAUAUUGAUGACGACGAUGAAUAAAAACCAAAAUAAAUUAUUAUUAAAAAGAAAUAAAUAUAUAAAGUAUUAAAUAAUUUAUUUUUUGUUACUUAUCAGAAUUGUUAUCAAUAUUAGAAAAAAAA